AUGGACGAUGAUAUUAGCUUCUCUGAUGAGGGGUUUUCAGACGACAGCGAUCAACCACAAACCGUGGAAGACGCAAUGGCGGCGUUGAAGGCAUUGAAGGCGAAAAAGAAGGUUGAGACUGAGAAGAAAUCGGAAAAGAAACCAAAGAACAAACGGAUAAUUUCUGAUUACGACCGUGAACUCAUAAAGCGAGAUGAAGAAGAUAUGGACUUUUAUGCCAAAAAGUUGGGCUUGAAGGACGGAAAGUUGUCCACCCAGGGCGAUGAUGACGGACUUGGGGGGUUGCUUGAUGGGUUAAACUUUGAUUUUAGUUCGGAAGAGGAGAUUGAAGAAUCUGAGGAAGAGUCCGAAGCCUUACCAUGGUCUGACGACGAAUUAAGUGAGGGUGACUUUGACUCCGAGGAUGAUGAAAGCGAGGAGGAAGGCCCACGGGUCAAAGAAAACCCGUACGUGGCUCCGGUUGUCAGAGCGACUGAGCCCACCGCUACAGAGGGCGAAACAUCCAGAUACAUCCCCCCAGCCUUGCGUCGUCAGAUGCUUGUCAACACGUCGGACACCACCCAGCUCCGAAGAGCCAUCAAGGGGCCGUUGAACAGACUCGGGGAGAGCAACAUCAGCACCAUAUCCAACGAAGUGCACCAGUUGUACCACGACAACCCGAGACAAGUGGUGAACGAAUGCAUCACCGACAUUGUCUUGGACAGCAUCAUCUCGCAGGGGCGUCUUCUCGACAACUUUGUGAUUCUCCACGCUGCGCUUGUAGCGUCGCUUUUCCGUCUCCAGGGCGUAGAGUUUGGAGCGUUCUUCAUCCAGACGCUUGUGGAGAGGUUUGACAAGUACUACGCCGGGGCUGUGGCGAAUGGGGCUGGGAAGGAGUGCUCUAACUUGCUUUCGCUCUUGGUCGGGUGUUACUCUUUGCAAGUGGUUUCGUGCCGCUUACUCUAUGACAUGAUCCGCAUGCUUAUCUCAGAAAUCACCGAAUUGAACACUGAAUUAUUGCUCAGAUUGAUCAAAAACGCCGGGUCACAGAUGCGCAGCGACGAUCCGGGCGCGCUCAAGGAGAUUAUCGCAGACUUGCAGAGUGCGGUGGGCGAAGCGGGUGUGGGGGCUACCAAUGCGCGCACGAAGUUCCUCGUGGAGACAGUCAUCAACUUGAAAAACAACAAGAUGAAGACAAAUGAGUCGCAGCCACUCGUGACGCGGAUGAAGAAGUAUCUCGCGGGAAUCAACAACAAUAAGUUUAACGACCCGAUCGCGGUGUCGUUGGACGAUAUCCACAGCAUCGGGAGCAGGGGGAAAUGGUGGCUUGUAGGGUCUGCGUGGAAGGGCGCGGAGAAACGCGACGCGGACGUAGCCACGGCGCCUCUGGAGGUACAAGACAUUUUAGACACUGCGGAGCCGAACUGGAUGGCAUUGGCGCGCGCACAGCGCAUGAACACCGACAUCCGCCGCGCCAUCUUCAUCUCCAUCAUGUCCGCGUCCGAUUACAUGGACGCGGUGGCGAAGCUUGACAAAUUGAACUUGACCAAAAACCAGAAGCGUGAGGUUCCGCGAGUGUUGCUACACUGCACCGGGGUCGAGCCCAGCUGGAACCCGUACUACGGGGUUCUCUCCGUGAAGCUCUGUGACGACCAUUCCACCAGAAAAACGUUCCAGUUUGCCUUCUGGAACUUGGUUGCCGAACUAGACGGCGACGACGAGGAUGAGGACAAGUUUGAUGACGCGGACUUGGAUGACGAUGCGAAGUUGAGACGAAUCCUCAACUUGGCGCGUUUCUACGGGUUUUUAUUUUCGGAAGGCGCCUUGAGUUUGCACAUUUUGGAUGACAUCAAGUUUGUGGGCGCUUCUUCCGAUACCACUAUCUUCGCGGAGCUCUUGCUUAUCACGUUCCUUGACAUGGUGGGGAAGAAGUCCGAGAUCCCCGCCGUCGGCGGCGGUGCGCACAAGAGCAAGAUGCACGAUGUGCGCUAUGAUGAAACGCUCUUGAUCCAGAAGUUGGUCAAGUGUAAGGAUCGCACGCGGUUGUUGCGCGCCAUGCCGUGGUUUUUGCAGGAAAAGGUGCGUGCUAGUGCCACUAUCAACGGUAAGAAACAGCGUCGCAGGGUCGAGUGGGGGUGCGAUGCUAUGUGCGAUGUGAUUGAAGAGUUUUUGAAAAACACCGAGGAGGACUAG